GGCCGCUCGAGUGGAUCUAAGCGGCCGUGAGAGGAGCUCUCCAGGAGAGCCCCAACAGUACUCUCCAUUCAUUCAUCCAUAGAGCUGCGCCAGCCGCGCCGCUGCGUGCAGGGAGCGAGCUGCGAGCAGAGCAAGGAGGCUCGAGUGUAUAUGGGAGAGAGCGCGAAUGAGCCUGUGUGUGCGCGCGAGCGAGCGAGCGAGCGAGCGAGCAAGCGAGAGAGAGAGAGAGAGAGAGAGCGCGCGCGAGCGGAAGAGAAAACAACCCUUGGAAGGCUCGCGAGUCGGUUCAUCCUCUCGGGCGAACGGGAGAGCGGCGCCUCGAGAGAGCGAGACAGUCGUCGAGUGGCCACUCGCCCGCGCCGCGCCGCGCGCGAUAUACAUCGCUGCUGCUCUCCACGAGCAGCUCUCCAUCCAGUUCUCUCUCUCUCUCUCUCGUCCGGGCGAGUGGCGCGCGCGAGGACUGCCGCCCGCUCUCUCACCCAGACAGAGACAGACAGAGACCGCGAGUCGACUCGAGAUCGACUAAGCGCCGUACCCUGGACUGCCUAGGCGCGGAGUGCAGUCGGCCGGCGGGCCGCCGCGCCGGCCACGCGCUGCCGUGAGUCGAAUCGACGCACCGAUGGGCGUCCGCGAGUGUCCGCGCCGAGCAAAUCAGUGACCCAACGCAUGCCCACGGCCCGGAGGGCUGCGCCAGUGACGACGAUUGCAGCAGUGUAAACGGCAGCCACCAAAAUUCUUUGCGGUUCGUAUCUGCGCUACUUCGACGGCAGGGGCGUCGAGGUCUUCGCCAGCGACAUGAGUGGCGGCAGCCAGCAGCAGGCCAACGCGACCAGCCAGCAGCAGCAGUCCAACAGCAAUGCGGCCUCCUACCACCAUCAGCAGCAGCAGCAGCAACAGCAGCAGCAGCAGCAGCAGACCGAGCUGGAGCAGGCAGGUCUGCUGCCGGAGCUCAACGGCCUCAACGACCUGGCGAUGAGCCUGUCCCCGAAGCACCAGCACUCGGCCCACUCGGCCGGCGCGCACACCACCCCCUUCAGCGUCACCGACAUCCUCUCGCCCAUCGAGGAGUCGUACCGCAAGCUCGAGCUCGUCGCCGCCGCCGCCGCCGUGGCCCAGGGCUCGCCGUACGGCAACGCCUGCGCCGCCGCAGCUGGCAACAACGGCAACCGCGGCAGCUCGAGCGCGAGCAGCGGCAGCCCGCCUCUGCACGGCGGCUCCACGCCGGGGGUCAGCACGCCGGGGCCCAACAAUAACAACAACAACAACGGCAACGGCAACUCGGGCCUCGUGGGUGGCGGUGGCAACGCGAUGGGUGCCAUGGCGAACCCGUACGCGACCAUGCAGCUCACGCCCCAGUAUCAGUACUGCGCGGCCGAGCUGUCGCCUUAUCACCACGCGGGUGCCGGCAUGACGGGUGGUGCUAGUGCAGCCGAUCCCAUGAGGUCGCAUGCCGUGUCCUCGCACCAUCACCCUUGGUACGCGCCCGCACCGCCGACCACAAACGAUCCACGAUUCGCAAUAUCACGACUAAUGGGAGCAGCUGCAUCAGCGGGUACAAACAUGUCAGGCUGCUCAAUGGGUCAGACGAUGGGCGACAUGGCCAAAUCGUCGAGCAUGGGUGUCGGCGUUGGCGUGGGCGUGGGCAUGGGCGUGAGCGCGAUGCAAUUCCCGCUGGCCCAGCGACGCAAACGACGCGUACUCUUCACCCAGGCCCAGGUCUACGAGCUCGAGAGGCGCUUCAAGCAGCAGAAGUACCUGAGCGCGCCGGAACGCGAACAUCUUGCAUCCAUCAUUCAUCUUUCGCCCACACAGGUCAAGAUUUGGUUCCAAAAUCAUCGGUACAAGUGCAAAAGACAAGCUAAGGAGAAAGCUAUGGCUGAGCAGAAUGCACAAAAUCAGAGCGCGAGCUCGCCGCGACGAGUGGCGGUGCCAGUGCUGGUGAAGGACGGUAAGCCCUGCGGCAGCGGCGGAGGCGCCGGCGGGGCGGGCGCCGGCGGCGGCAGCGAGGGCGCCCGCGGAGGACCGUCGGCCGCGCUAGCCAGCCCGGCGCCGCACAUGGCCGGCGCGGGUAACCCGCACGCGGGCCACCACGGUGCCGGCGGCCUGGCCCACCACUCCAUGUCGCACGUGAUGUCCGGCGGCCAGGGCCUGCAGCACUGCUCGUACUCGCGCUCGGCCGCGGCCACCAAUCAGCAGGUGCAGGCGGCCAUGCAGCAGCAGCAGCAGCAGCAGCAGGCCCAGUGCGGCGCCUACCUGCCACUGCAGGGCCGGGCCUGGUAGUGCGCGCCCUCCGCGGCGGGCGCCGCCGCGGCCGCGGCCGCCGCCGCUGCGGCCUACGCCUCGGCCGCCGGCCAGGGCGGCGCGGCGGCCGCGGUCGGGCCCUGGGCCCUCGCCGCCGCGGACCCCUGGUACUCCAUCCCCGACGACAGUCCGUGAGUGGCCCGCUCCUCGCGCCCCUCGCUUGCGUUGGCAGGACGAAAGACUGUGAUACGCGCCGGCUGCCGGUGAGAUCAAGAGGACCUGCGCCACUGCUCGAGUGUCCGCUUGCGCGCGGUCUGCUCGCUACGUGUAGCUUUGACCGUCGUUGUUGCCUUGCCGUUUCGCCCGUCACUUUUCCGAUUAUUCGUAUGUCUCGAAAGUUGCGAGAGCGCCACGCGACUUGCCAUCCACGGAACCAUCACUUCGAUUGCUCUCUUUGCUUUUUCGUACAAAUGUUGUUGUCUGAGCCGACUCUGAUCGCCAAAGUUUCAGUAUGGAAUAUUUUUGCACGCUUACAAAUACUUUCAACAAUAUGUUCCCGCGCGCGAGCUGCACAAACAAGAAUUCAUUGCAAAAUAAUAGAUAUUACAAUCUAGGUUGAAUACAACAAAUACAAAUUACCAGUAAUUGAAAAGUGAUCGGCGUUUUUCACUUUUAUAAAUCGUGAAUCUCCUAAAAAUCAUCAGUUUACCGUGUCAAAGUUUGAAAUAAUAAAGCAAUCAAAGUGUAAAAUGCAAUUGUUCAAUUUCCUUUUCACGUGAAGUACGGAAGAAAGAAUAGUUACCAAAAGGCACGCGAUGACGAUAUGGAAAUCCCACUCGAAAAAUUGAAACUCAAUGAGCGAGAUGCGUAGGCAUCGAAAAUCGAGUAUCGGUCAGUGAAAAUCGCCAAAAAAAUAAAGGUAAAAAAUGGAGUGCGGUGCGUCGAUAUAAUCCGCGCGCGCGAUACUUGAAAGUCGCGAAAAACAAUUACGAAUUUUCAUUCCCCCGUGCGCGGCGAGAAAUAGAUAAAAAAAAGUGAAAAAGCCGACAACAUUGAAAUAAAUGUGUGCGCUCGAAUUGGGAUAUGCGUAUAAAUAUGUGCGCGCGCGUGUGCGUUUGGGUGCAUGGUAAUUUAAGGGAAACGCGCGCAACGCAUAUCGUCCACUCGACUUUCUCCCGCGAUCGCGCGCUCCUUUGCGAGAAUACCCGGGCGUGUGCGCGAGGUUUAGCAGAGAGCGCGGCAAAGUCCCUAAGACACUGCAGCGCGGGGCACGUAGCGAUGUCGGCCGCUUAUACACAUCGCUCUUUCCGCGAGCGGCGAGCGCGAUGUACAUACCAUGAAAAGCAAGUGUACAAUUGUCCAGCGAGCGAAUCCGAGCUUUGUGCCGUCCUUUUGCGGAUCGCGCCCAAAAAACGUUCUUGCGCUAUCGAAUCGUUUCUCGUUCGGUUUUCGCAAAUUAUAUAUUGUAUACAUAGACGUAUGUGCGUGUGUGCGUGCGCGUGUGUGUGUCGAUGCAACGAAGUUGUAUGUUGUAAAAACUAAAAAGCGGUUGGCCAUCACUGAUUGUUUAUUAUUCAAGUUUAUUGUGUAAAAUACCUUUUCUCGAUAGACGAGAGCCAAUUGUAUCAGGAUUACAUUUAACAGCAAGAAAUAAGAAAUCUCUCCAAGAAUUAUAGCUGUAUCACAAAAAAUCAAUGUUUUUACUCGUCUAUCCGGAAAUAGUAUUGCCAUGACAAAAAAUGUAAAGAUAUACGUGUUACGUCAGAAAUCACGAGUUGUAACUCCAAUGUGCAAGGGCAGACAAAGACAAUUGGGCUUUUUCGUAUAGCUAUUAUUAUACGCCAAGGUUUGCGCUGUGAUACAAGAGUCACAGUUGAUACGUGUACAUAAGACUACGUAGGAAAGGAACCGCUGUACGAGUGAACCAGGUAUUAGUAGCACUAUAUAUAUAUAUAGGGAGAGAGUCCAGAUUGGAAGUGUUAGAGAGGGGGGGAGGCACUAGCUUUCAAUUUCUAGAUGCAUUAGGUGUGUAACGAUUAUUAACAGAAGAAAAAUUGUACGCGCGCGAUCGAGGGUUUAUAUAGUGAGUAGGAAAUGUGUGUGCGUGCGUGUGACGCCGAGAGAGACCAAGUCUCGUACGAGGAAUUAGAGAUUAUUAUCAAAGUUUUGUAAAUAAUGGAAAGAGAUAUUAAUAAACCGACGACACUUAUUAC